AGAAGCGGUUGCGAAGACUGUAGCGCACAUUUACGUGUGGAAAUUUAAUUAACACUUCGUUAAAGUGUUCCUUUAGGGUUGCACGAUAGAUCCUAAGCAGUUUUUUGAAGUCGGCUUGGAGGCCGAUUAUCACGAGACAGUGACGAACUGCGAAAAUAAAAUUAAAAAUCGAUUUCGAGGUUUCUAGAAGAAAAGGACACCAGAAGGUGGACGAUCUGCCUGACUUUGCGGGGUGACGCGGGGAUAUUUUCAGAUAAUCGGAAGUUCCAUCAAACAUGGCUGCUCUUCCACGAAGGAUUAUAAAGGAAACGCAGAGACUGAUGCAAGAACCAGUACCUGGUAUCAGUGCUGUACCAGAUGAUACAAACGCUAGGUAUUUUCAUGUAAUUGUAACUGGUCCAGAAGAUUCGCCAUUUGAAGGUGGACUUUUUAAACUUGAAUUGUUUCUACCAGAAGACUACCCAAUGUCUGCUCCUAAAGUUAGAUUCAUUACAAAAAUUUAUCAUCCAAAUAUAGACAGAUUGGGCAGGAUUUGUUUGGAUAUUCUCAAAGAUAAGUGGAGUCCUGCUCUUCAGAUCAGGACAGUUUUACUGUCAAUACAAGCACUUUUAAGUGCUCCAAACCCUGAUGAUCCCUUGGCAAAUGAUGUAGCUGAAUUAUGGAAAGUAAAUGAAAGCGAAGCGAUACGUAAUGCCAAAGAGUGGACUCGGAGAUAUGCUAUGGACAACUGAUCUCAGAUCAUCCAUGAUGCAAAGUGACAUUACCCCUAUCUUUCCGGUUUAUUGAUCACAUUACCCGCACGAGCAGCAUAUCCUGCACUUAUGUCCAUAUUUGCUAUAAAAAUAAUAAAAGUUUUGUAAGAGUA